UCAUCUGCACAAUGAAGAAGGGGGUUCAGCCGGCGCUUGGUGCAAUGUCAUUAUUCCGCUGCUAAAAUUUAAAGAUCAAAACCCCGUACUUCACACCAGCCGCGUAUGAGCGACAGCCACGCGAAGCUGCAUUCGGAUGGUUUUUGGUCGAGAUAAAAGUCUAAUGUUAUCGGGCGCUAACAGUAAAAAGGGAUUUUUUUUCAACGCGGACUGGAAAAGACAUCCCAUGAAGUUCAAUAGACUAACCGCACAUCUUUAAGGUUCUGUAGGUUUGGCUCCUGUCUGUCACAGUGCUAACAGGAUGGCUGUGCUGAGGCAGUUUGGGCUGCUGCUCUGGAAGAACUACAUUCAGCAGAAGCGACAGAUCCUCGUGACGCUGGUGGAGAUCGCCCUGCCGCUGCUCUUCUCCGCCAUCCUCAUCGUGCUGCGGCAGAAGGUCCCCUUCACCAACUACCCCAACGCCACCGUGUACGACAGCUUCCCCGUGGAGCAGCUGCCCUUCCCGCUGAGCUUCGGCCGCUUCCAGCUGGCCUACGUCCCCGCCAACGCCAGCGCGGUGCGGCGGGUGGCCGAGGACGUGCAGCGCAGCCUGGGCCUCAAGGCCAUCAGCUCAGUUCGUGGCUUUGAGACGGAGGAGAAGUUUGAGCAGUUUGUGCGGACGGACCCACAGUCGGGAAACGUACUGGCCGCCGUGGUGUUUCAGCAUGCGUUUGCCCGUGACGACGAGCCGCUUCCCCUGCAGGUGAAGUACCACCUGCGCUUUAAGUACAGCCCGCGGAACGCCCCGUCGAAGGAGAGGUCCGAGCUGAACCCCAACAACGACCUGGACUGGCACACGCUCAGCCUCUUCCCCCUCUUCCAGCUGCCGGGACCCCGGGAGCAGCACGACCCCCGCGGGGGCACGCCAGGAUACUUCCGAGAGGGCUUCCUGGCGGUCCAGCACGCGGUGAACCGGGCCAUCAUGCGGGCCUACAACCGCACGGCGGCGGCGGCGCUGCUGGGCCGGACCCGGGUGGUUCUGUCCCGCUUCCCCUACCCGCCCUUCAUCUACGACGUCUUCAUCCUGGCCAUCCAGAACCAGCUGCCCCUGCUGCUGGUUCUCAGCUUCACCUACACCUCCCUGAACAUCGCCCGCGCCGUGGUGCAGGAGAAGGAGAGGAAGCUCAAGGAGUACAUGCGCAUGAUGGGCCUCAGCAACUGGCUGCACUGGAGUGCCUGGUUCCUCAUGUUCUUCCUCUUCCUCUCCGUCUCCAUCUUCUUUGUCACGCUGCUUUUCUGCAUCAAGGUGAGCCCCAACGGCGCUGUGCUGACCUACAGUGACCCCACGCUGGUGUUUGUCUUCCUGCUCACCUUUGCUGUGUCCACCAUCAACUUCAGCUUCAUGAUCAGCGCCUUCUUCUCUCGAGCCAACGUGGCAGCCGCGGCGGGCGGCUUCAUCUACUUCCUGAGCUAUAUCCCGUACGUCUUCCUGUGGCCGCGCUACGACCUGCUGUCCCACGCGCAGAAGGUGUCCGCCUGCCUCGUCUCCAACGUGGCCAUGGCCAUGGGCGCCCAGCUGGUGGGCAUGUUCGAGGGGAAAGGUACGGGUAUCCAGUGGAGUAACCUGUUUGAGCCGGUGACGGUGGACGAUGACUUCUCUCUGGCCCAGGUGAUGGGGCUGCUGCUGUUUGAUGCUCUGCUGUACGGCCUGGUUGCCUGGUACAUGGAGGCGGUGUUCCCUGGGGAGUACGGCGUUCCCCUGCCCUGGUACUUCUUCCUGCUGCCCUCGUACUGGUGCAGCAGCCCGCGCGUGGCCCUGCUGAAGGAGAAGGAGGAAGAGGAGGAUGCGGAGAAGGCGCUGAAGGGCGAGUUUAUCGAGGAAGAGCCGGCAGGGCUGGUCUCAGGGAUUAAGAUCAAACACCUGUCCAAGGUGUUCAAAGUUGGCAAUAAGACCCGAGAGGCUGUGAGAGACCUGACCCUGAACAUGUUCGAGGGCCAGAUCACCGUGCUGCUCGGGCAUAACGGGGCUGGCAAGACCACCACCCUGUCCAUGCUGACCGGCCUUUUCCCUCCCAGCGAUGGUCGCGCCUACAUCAACGGCUACGACAUCUCACAGGACAUGGCCCUGAUUCGCCGCAGCCUGGGCCUCUGCCCGCAGCACGACGUGCUCUUUGACAACCUGACCGUCAGCGAGCACCUGCUCUUCUACGCACAGCUGAAGGGGUACCCCCGGGAGAAGAUUCCGGAAGAGGUGAACCGCAUCAUCCGCAUGCUGAACCUGGAGGACAAGCGGCACGCCCGCUCCAAGACGCUGUCGGGCGGCAUGAAACGCAAGCUGUCCAUCGGCAUCGCCCUCAUCGGCGACUCCAAGGUGGUGAUGCUGGACGAGCCCACGUCGGGCAUGGACCCCUCGGCCCGCCGCGCCACCUGGGACCUGCUGCAGGGGCAGAAGCGCGGCCGCACCAUCCUGCUCACCACCCACUUCAUGGACGAGGCCGACUUGCUGGGGGACCGCAUCGCCAUCAUGGCCGGGGGCGAGCUGCAGUGCUGCGGGUCGCCGCUCUUCCUCAAGAGCAAAUACGGCGCGGGGUACCACAUGGUGAUCGUGAAGGACGCGCUGUGCAACGUGUCGGAGAUCACGCGGCUCGUCCACAUGUACGUGCCCAGCGCCUCGCUGGAGAGCAGCGCGGGAGCAGAGCUGUCCUACAUCCUGCCCAAGGAGAGCACCAGCCGGUUCGAGCUGCUGUUUGCGGAGCUGGAGAUGAACAGAGAGGAGUUGGGUAUUGCCAGCUACGGAGCCUCCGUCACCACAAUGGAGGAAGUGUUCCUCAGGGUGGGGAAGCUGGUGGACUCCAGCCUGGACAUCCAGGCCAUCCAGCUGCCGGCACUGCAGUACCAGCAUGAGCGCAGGUCACAUGACUGGAGCGUGGACGACGCCAGCAGCAUCAGCGGCAUGACGGACGUGACGGACUUCACUGACAGCGGCACGCUCAUCUCCGAGGACUGCUCCAACAUCAAGCUCAACACGGGGGCCAGGCUGUACAUGCAGCAGUUCUACGCCAUGUUCCUGAAGAGGGCGCUGUACAGCUGGCGGAACUGGAAGGUGAUGGUGGCGCAGUUCCUGGUGCCGCUCAUCUUCACCGUCCUGGCACUGGUGGUGGCGCGUACCUUCCCCGGGCACCGCGACCUGCCCGCCCUCUCCCUGGCGCUGAGCCGCUACGGCCCCACCAGCGUGCCCGUGGCCCUGGCGCCCGGAUCCGGGCCCCUGGCCGCCGCCCUGAGCGCCAGCUACGGCUCGCAGCUACCCGAGCAGAAGGCUCAGCCAGAGAACAUCACCGACCUUCCCAAAUACGUGCUGCUCAUGUCCGAGGAAGAGGGCGGGGCCUUCAACGAGCACUGCGUGGUGGGCGCGGCCUUCCGGGGCCACCUGCGGGCCUUCGCCGAGGCCACCGCCUACUUCAACAACCAGGGCUACCACACGCCGGCCACCGCCCUGCUGCUGGUGGACAACGCCCUCUACAGGCUGCUGGCGGGACCCAACGCCUCCAUCCAGGCUGCCAACGCCCCCAUGCCCCGCAACAUGUCAGAGGCUGCACAGAGUCAGCUCACAGAGGGUCAGACUGGCUUUGCUAUCGCCAUUAACCUGAUGUACGGCAUGGCGUCCCUCUCCAGCACCUUCGCGCUGCUGCUGGUGACCGAGCGCUCCCUCAAAUCCAAGCACGUGCAGCAGGUCAGCGGCGUCUACCUCUCCAACUUCUGGUUCUCGGCGCUGCUCUGGGACCUGGUCAACUUCCUGCUGCCCUGUGUGCUCAUGCUGGUGGUGUUCCGGGCGUUCGGGGUGAGGGCGUUCACGGAGGAUAACCACCUGGUGGACGUGCUGCUGAUGCUGCUGCUGUACGGCUGGGCCGUGGUGCCGCUCAUGUACCUGCUCAGCUUCCUGUUCUCCACCGCCGCUACCGCCUACACCCGCCUCACCGUCUUCAACAUCGUCAGCGGCACCGCCACCUUCCUCGCCGUCACCAUCAUGACCAUCCCCGAUCUGCACCUGCAGGACCUCUCACACCUCCUGGACAAGGUCUUCCUGCUGUUCCCCAACUACUGCCUGGGCAUGUCCUUCAGCCAGUUCUACCAGAACUCCGAGCUGAUCACCUUCUGCACCUCCAACCCCUUCGCCAAGUCCAUCUGCAAGUACUACAACAUCACGUACCAGGAGAACUACUUCUCCAUGGAGGAGCCCGGGGUGGGGCGCCUCCUGGUGGCCAUGGCCCUGCAGGGCGUGGUCUUCAUCGCGCUGCUCUUCAUCAUCGAGCUGCAGUGCGUCCGCACCCUCCGCCGCCUCCUCGGCGCCCUCUUCAGGAGAAGGAAGAAGGUGCCGCUGGUGGAGGACGCGGCACUGCAGCCGGAGGACAGGGACGUUGCGGAGGAGAGGAAGAGGGUGCUGGAGUGCCACCCGGCCGUGGAGUCCAUGGUGGGGAGUCCCCUCAUCCUGCAGGAGCUCAGCAAGGUGUACAGCAGCGGGGAGACUCUGCUGGCCGUGGACAGGUUGUCUCUGGCCGUGGGGAAAGGGGAGUGUUUCGGUCUGCUGGGCUUCAACGGGGCUGGGAAGACCACCACCUUCAAGAUGCUGACGGGGGACGAGACCGUGACGGGAGGGGACGCCUACAUCGAUGGCUACAGCAUACUGAGGGACAUCAAGAAGGUCCAGCAGCGGAUUGGCUACUGCCCGCAGUUCGACGCGCUGCUGGAUCACAUGACGGGGCGGGAGACGCUGAGCAUGUACGCCCGGCUCAGGGGCAUCCCGGAGAAGUACGUGGCGGGCUGCGUGGAGAACGUGCUGCGCUCCCUGCUGCUGGAGCCCCACGCCGACAAGCUGGUGCGAGGAUACAGCGGCGGGAACAAGCGUAAGCUGAGCGCGGGCAUUGCCCUGAUCGGCGGCCCGCCCGUCAUCUUCCUGGAUGAGCCAUCCACGGGCAUGGACCCGGUGGCACGGCGUCUGCUGUGGGAUGCAGUCACACGCACUCGGGAGUCCGGCAAGGCCAUCAUCAUCACCUCACACAGCAUGGAGGAGUGUGAGGCCCUGUGCACCCGACUCGCUGUCAUGGUAAACGGUCAGUUUAAGUGCCUGGGCAGCCCCCAGCACCUCAAGAGCAAGUUCGGCAGCGGCUACACCCUGCUGGCCAAGUUGCACACGGAGGCGGAGGAGGCCGACCUGCAGCUCUUCAAGGACUUCAUCGAGAGCACCUUCCCAGGAAGUAUGCUGAAGGAUGAACACCAGGGCAUGGUGCACUACCACCUGACUGACAAGACACUCACCUGGGCACAGGUUUUUGGGACCCUGGAGGGAGCCAAAGAGAAGUACGGGGUGGAGGACUACUGUGUGAGCCAGAUCUCUCUGGAGCAGGUGUUCCUGAGCUUCGCCCAGUUCCAGCACUGCGCCGAGGCCAGGCGGAAGUAGAGGGGGAGGCACGACAACCCCCCCCACGACCCCUCUGUACAGAUGCAGGCGUGGACUCUCCUCUGCAGAGUGCCAGGCAGCUAGGCCCCUCCUCAGGUCUCCACACACACACACACACACUCUCACACACACACACACACACACACACACGUAGAGUCAUCCACA